AUGGAAGGUGAUGUGAUGUCUAUACAGCUAUUAUGUGAAUGUUUCAAUAGUUUUUCAAAAGCUUCUGGACUUGUUGCAAACCAAAGUAAAAGCUGCAUGUAUUUUGGUGGUGUUCCAACAAUACUUAGGAGUUCUUCUGAGCUCAAAAAGACUGUCUGUGAGCCAGUGCCAACCAUUACUAGACAAAAUGCUGGGAAAAGUCAAAUAAUGGACAGUCAAAUUCUUAAGAUAUACAGGAAGACUACAGUUGGUAAAGAGUGUGUUAAUUGCCAUCCAAAACUUCUGACUGGUGAUACCAAUAGAAGUAAGAAAGCUCUGGUAGCUUGGGAGAAGAUGUGCAGGCCUAAAUCCAAAGGAGGACUGAACAUCACUGAUCUCAGCACAUGGAAUAGAGCAGCAUUAUUAAAACACCUCUGGAAUGUUUGUAUGAAGAAGGACAAACUAUGGAUAAGAUUCUCAGCAGAAGUAUGGGGGAAGAUGUUGGCAUGGAUAGGAUUGGCACAAAGAGUAACUGGCUGGAAUGAGGAACUCAAAUGGACAACAGAUCAUAUGAAAGGCAAAGGAUUGAAAGUCAUGCUCUACAGGAUGUGUAUUACAAGUGUUGUUUACUAG